GGUUUCGUAACUGAAACUGAAGAAAAGCUAAAGAGCAAAACCCGGAAAAAAAAAAUAAAGAGAAGAAGAGAAUUUAAUAUUUCUUUAUCACAAUUUUGUGCUUUUGGUAAUGAAUUUAUUAUGUGUUCAGUAAUGAAUUGAAUACAGACAUAACCGUCGUGUCUAGUCUCGUUAAAGAUAUGAGAGUUCUUUUGUUGUUUUUAUUUUUAUUUUUUUAAUUAAGCUUUCUUCUUACCCUUCUCUGAUGACUCUCUUGUCUUCUUCUUGUUUGUUUCUUCUUUCAUGGGUUAAUAAAUAAUAACGCUCUCUGAAUCUUUCGUUUUUUUUUUUUUUUUGUCUUCUUUGAAGCUCGAUUUUUAGCUUCUUCCCGUUGCUUGUUGUGUAAAAAGCUUGGAUUUUUGUUUUGUUUUGUUUUGUCAUGUGAGUUUCUUCGAUGGCGAAUGUAGUAGUGGAUGCUGAUUUAAGAAGAUCAGGGUGUAAUGAAGAUGAUCAAUUGUACACGGAGCUAUGGAAAGCUUGUGCAGGGCCACUUGUGGAAGUUCCUCGUUAUGGUGAAAGAGUUUUCUACUUUCCUCAAGGUCACAUGGAACAAUUGGUGGCUUCGACUAAUCAAGGAGUCGUUGAUCAAGAGAUACCAGUUUUUGAUCUUCCUCCGAUGAUACUUUGCCGUGUUCUUAGUGUUGUGUUGAAAGCAGAGCAUGAGACUGAUGAGGUUUACGCUCAGAUCACAUUACACCCUGAAGAAGAUCAAAGUGAACCCACAAGCCUUGAUCCACCUGUAGUCGAACCAACUAAACCGAAGGUUGAUUCGUUUGUGAAGAUUCUAACAGCUUCUGAUACAAGCACUCAUGGUGGAUUCUCAGUCCUUCGUAAACACGCCACUGAGUGUUUGCCUUCUCUUGAUAUGACACAACCUACACCAACUCAAGAACUUGUAGCUAAAGAUCUUCACGGCUAUGAAUGGAGGUUUAAGCAUAUUUUUAGAGGUCAACCGAGGAGGCAUUUACUUACAACAGGUUGGAGUACAUUUGUUACCUCGAAAAGACUAGUAGUCGGAGAUGCAUUUGUGUUCUUGAGGGGUGAAACCGGGGAUUUACGGGUUGGUGUGAGACGUUUAGCUAGGCAGCAAAGUACAAUGCCCGCAUCCGUUAUCUCUAGUCAGAGUAUGCGUUUGGGAGUUCUUGCUACAGCUUCUCAUGCUAUUAAUACAAAAUCUAUAUUCAUUGUGUUAUAUAAACCGAGGAUAAGCCAAUUUAUAAUCAGUGUGAACAAGUAUAUGGUGGCGAUGAAGAACGGGUUUGCUCUCGGUAUGCGGUUUAGGAUGAGAUUUGAAGGAGAAGAGUCUCCUGAGAGAAUAUUUACAGGUACUGUUAUUGGUAGUGGAGAUCUAUCUUCUCAGUGGCCAGCUUCGAAAUGGAGGUCACUGCAGAUCCAAUGGGACGAGCCAUCCUCUAUUCAAAGACCACCCAAGGUUUCAUCAUGGGAGAUCGAGCCUUUCUCAUCAUCCGCGCUAACCACUACACCUACUCAACCACAAUCAAAGACCAAACGGUCCAGACCCAUUGAUUCAUCAAUUUCAGAAAUCACAGCAACCGAGAGGAACUUGAACAAAUCGGUGUUUUCAAGCGGAUUACAAGGCAAGACAACCGAGGCUCCGGGCACAAGUUGCUGUAGGCUGUUCGGAUUCUAUCUCACGAGCAAGCCUUCUUCUUCUGCUCCAGUUCCUCCUGACAAGCAGCUAAUAAAUGUGAAUUCGAACAACUCUGAUUCUACCACCAAGUGUCAAGAUCCUAACUCGUCGAACUCAACAAAAGAGCAAAAGCAACAAACAUCCACUAGAAGCCGAACCAAGGUGCAAAUGCAAGGAACAGCGGUUGGACGCGCGGUUGAUUUAACAUUGUUAAGAUCAUACGACGAAUUAAUCAAAGAGUUAGAGAAAAUGUUUGAGAUUGAAGGAGAGCUUAGUCCUAAAGACAAAUGGGCUGUUGUGUUUACAGACGAUGAAGGGGACAUGAUGCUUGUAGGAGACGAUCCGUGGGAUGAGUUCUGUAAAAUGGCAAAGAAGUUAUUCAUAUAUUCGAGUGAUGAGGUCAAGAAAAUGAGCUCAAAGUCUUUGUUGGAUGAUGAAGGUACAAUCGUAAAUCUUGAAUCGGAUCAGAGGACAGUUCACGUUUAGUGACGAAGUUCUUGAUUUCUUUGGAUCCUCACACCGAGUUGCGAAGUUAUUAGGUGGUUUGUCUCUUGUGUUUGCUUUUGAAGUUAGGUGGGGUUUGUUUAUCUUUAACAUAAAAGAAUUUAAGACUAUAUAAUAUAAUUAAUAUGAACUACUAUAUUAUAUUAAGAAUAUAAUAAUACUAUCUUAUUAGGUUCUAGACGGCGUCGUUUUAUAUUAAGUUUUUACUUUUUUGAUGUGGCUUUUCGUCGUCAUGACUAAUGAUGUGUAAGCACAGAGAAGGUCACACAUUUUUCUUAUGUAAAGAUUCUGUGUAGGCCUAAUAAUAAAAUUAAAUAACGUGGUAGUAGGCCCAAUUUUUUGAGCCCAUAUAUGUAUUUUCUA